ACCGCCGCGACCGCCUGUGGCCAGCCUGGCCUGGCCGUCUGACGCGUAGUUCACGAACAGCUGGCCGAGAGCGAUGGACGACGACGUUUCGAAGUAAGCGCGGCGCUUCGCUCCAAUCGACGGUGAUCGCGGAUCGAUGACGUUGCGGAAAUCUGCUGCGCGUCGUGAACGCGUGAGAGUCUCUGCGGGAUCAUCGCCGUGACGUUCCCCCGAUCCCGAGAGCAGAUCCGUGGGCGUCCACCGUCGCGAUCGAUGGGGAGUCGAUAGGAAGGCGCGAAAUCCUUAGCCAGCCUCCGUACGGCCUAUGCCGCGAAUGUUUUGUUUCUCGGACACCUAACCUACUUCACGGACACGGCGCUCGGAGCGAUAACGCUCGGCGUGUGCGAACGCGCUAUCGCUGCCGCGAUACGAUGACUUCAUCACUCGGCGCGGCCACUUCCUCGUUCCUUUGUCAGUAUCAUCCGUGACGCCCGCGUGCUCCCGCGAGCGUAAUUAAUCUACGACGUAUAACCCCUCCGGGCGGAACGCGGCGGGGCAGUCAGCACCGUGCGAUUUUGUCACGGCCACGAGAGAGGACAUCUCCGGAGGAGCGCGGCACGACUCCGGUUGAUCCUCUUCCAUCUCACGACGCGCGACCGCGAAGAUGCUCCAGCGACGGGAUCGCGGCAGAAGACGUGUCCUCGCUGUGACGUACCGCGCUAGCACGCAAGAUGAACUCGCUGCUGAAGAUGUCCAUAGUGGGCAACAAGAGGAACCUGCUGAUCCGCGACUCCCUGCAGAAGCAGCUCAACACGGGCGUGAUGGAGAUGCAGAGCGCCCCGGGGGUCGCCGACGACGGCGUGGUCGGCAACUGCGACGAGACCAUGACCCUGUGCUCCGUUCUGGAGGCGAUAUUUUUGCACGGCUUGAAGGACAGUCUGCUGAAUCGAGUGACGGAAGCGCUCAGCGGCCCCGACUUCGACGCUAUGCCACAGCCAAGCUUCUGGGGUCCGCUGUUGGUCUUUUCGCAUCGUCAGAUCAUAGAUCAGAUACAGGGGUUGAGCCAAGUCACCACGGAGGUCGGGUAUUGUCGCGCGUGGAUACGGCUGGCGCUCAACGAGGGUCUGUUAGCUAGCUACUUUUGCGCAAUAAGAAGGGACAACUCGGCCCUGAAGCCGUACUACAAUCGUUCAGCCUACAUCAGGGACGUGGAUCUUGUCGAGGUCGCGCAGAGAUUAAUAGAAAACCUGGAUUAUGUGCGAUUCGAGCUGGCCUGCAACAGUAGCCUCUUGAACUUUUGGUCCACCACGCCUCUGCUCAUAGCCGGCAUCUGGUCCCCGCCGAUGAAAUCCUGUCCCGUGUUUAGCGCCGUAGACAUAGCGAAAACGAUAAACAGCGAGUCGUCCGACAAUUUCGACGAGGUAGAAACUGCAAGUUCCAUCGGUAGCUCUAUCGGCAUAGGAUCCUUCACCUCCUCGCAGUCUGUGUUUAAUAAUGUGACAUCUAUCACGGAGGACGAGGCGCUGAAAAUUAUUCUGGCUAAGGAAAAAUCUAAUAGCGUUAUUCAACAAUUAUCGCACAAUAAUCCCGCGGACACGCAAGAGAACAAUGCCGCUCGGCAGUCGUACGGUAAUUCUGCGGAUGCUGCAAUAAAGAAUCCAGACGAGCCAGAGGUCACGGAGGUACAACGUAUGUCAAAUGGCAAUGCAGAAAAUAAGAGUAAUGUUGCUGCUGAUACGGAGGACCCGCUGCAAGAUGCUGUGAAAGACAUCAUCAACGACGCCACCGCGACCACUGUGGGAAAUUCAUUGAUAGGGAAGUUGGGAUGGUCAACGUCGUUCGAGGAUUGUCAAUCUUCCUUAACUUCCCCGGUGGUAUCCCACGGUUCGGGCGCGGAUGCGCCACGCACGCCCGGCGACGGUCCUACGUACGACGCGCUCAUUCAGAGUUACCAAACCGCCGGGAAUAGCACGGUGUCGGAUCUGCAAGAAUUUCUAAAGAAAUAUCCAAAGAGAGAGACCGUUGAGGAGGGGUCUAAGGCUCAGCCUGAACCAAAGGCUGUGGUAAAUUUCGACGAGCAGUUAGGUAGGAUCCCGAGGGAAAAGGGUCUGGACGUGCAAAAUUACAGUUGCUUCGAUUGCAGUUACGCGAUCGGCAUGACCUUUUCCAAGGCGCACGUGUGCGCGUACUCGGGCGAUUACUACUGUUCGAAGUGCAUGGCGGAGGGUCAGUAUCUCAUACCGUCGCGUAUGAUUCACAACUGGGACUUGAGGCAGUACUCCGUCAGUCGAAAAGCCGCUUCGUAUCUGGAAGGCGAGCCGGUCCUGAUGGACCUGAAGGUCUUGAAUCCGAGGAUUUACAUGGCCGUGGACACUAUGGCGCAACUGCAGUCGUUGAGGAUUCAGUUGAAUCUGUUGAGAGCAUAUCUAUUCACGUGUCGCGAGCCCAUUAUCGAAUCCCUGCAGAAGAAGGUCACGCCGAGGGAUUACUUGUACGAGCAUGUUCACCAAUAUUCCGUUUCCGAUCUUCUCGACAUACCCAAUGGGAUUCUCGCGCAGCAACUCCAAAAGGUUGUUGAAUUCGCGAAGAAUCACGUAAUAAAUUGUUGGCUCUGUAGUCAGAAAGGCUUUAUAUGUGAGGUCUGCAACGAUACGAAAGUCAUUUAUCCUUUUGACAUGGAGUCUACAUUCCGGUGUGGGGCGUGUAACGCGGUAUUUCACGCGAACUGCUUAAACGCCAGUAAACCGUGCCCGAAGUGCGAACGCAGACGUAAACGGAUGGAUAUGCCUCUUUUGGAUAUGGGAUGUACAGAUCUACCAAACAGCAGUGUGUCGUCGUCUCCGAUUGAUAUGAAUUAGUGUAUAAUUCGUUGAUUUGUUAAUAUUUUUUGACAAUAUUUUAUCAUGUUUUUUAUUUAUGCAGUAUUGUUUGCAAUCCGAAAAAGAUUAGUUUUGCUACGCGAUAAGUCGCGAUAUAUUCAAUCUUGUAAUUCGCGAAUCUCGAUUUUCGCAUGUAAAUAUUUGUAUCAUGCUGCGCGUAAAGAUGUAUGGAAAUGUAACAUAUUUUUUGUCAGUGCUUGGAACGAUAAUAUUGUUACAAACUUAUAUAUUCUGAUAUGAUUAAAGAAAUAUUUGUACCUUACGAGACUGGCAGCUUUCCAUACAAAAACACAUAUUACAUAAUAGAGACAUUUAUUAUAAUUCUAUGUACAAAAGUAGUAAAAUAUAUGAAAUCAUUUAUUGACCA